UGUACCUAUACUUAUCCAAUAUGGCUGCAAGUAAAAAAAUGUAACGCUGUGAAAAAUUGCAACUCAAAUUGCAUUUUCUGCUCGAAAAACCAAAUAGAAAAGUGCCAGGAAUGUGAAUUAGUGACGAGGAAGUCGAAAACUUCCCGAAAAACAAGUGCGCGCCAAGAAAUUCGAAGGGAAAAGUGCUGAACACAAAAAGUUGCCGGUGCCCCGCCAAAAAAAAGAAGUCGCCCCCGCCUCUUCGAAAAAAAAGCGUUUCUGGAAAGGAAUCAAGAUUCAUAAAGUUACAAUGGAAGCCGACAUAACGCCCUCGGCGGAAACGAAUGGGGAGCAGCGUGAAAAUCUCCGCGAAAAUGCUGAAAAUCCCGAGCAACAGCCCCAGGAGCUGGCCAAAUCCCUGGAUUCCGCCGACGAUGGCGUCUCAGGAGCUGUGGGUCAGAUUAUAGACUACCUAGAGGACGAUGCCGGCGCCGCUGCGGAUCGGGAACAGGAGGCGGAAAUGGGCGAGGAGGAGUAUCUGGAUGGUGAGAUGCCGCAGGAGAAGGAAACUCAAGGAUUAGAUGACUUGCAGGGGGAGAAGGCCGAAUCCCCCGCUCCAGAACCAGCCAACAAGGUAGAUUUACCCCAUACUACAGAUGAAAAUGAAGAUUUAAAGCAGAAAUCUGGAGAGGAAGGUGAAAAGGAUGCUGAGCAAGAGAAGGAAGCCCCGUCAUCGGGUGGAGAAGUUGCCACAGACAAGCUUGAAGAAGAUGCCACAUCUGAAAAAGAUGGGGAAGAAGCUGGCCCGGACAAAGAAAAAGGACCAGACGAUGAAUCAGCCAUCGAAGACGGUGAAGAACCCAACGAAGAUGGUGAAGAAGCCAUCGAUGAAGACGAGGAAGGUGACGAGCCCACCGAAGAAACAGAGGAAAUUGAUCAAGAAUUCGAGACCGCCACCGAUGCCGAGGGCGAACUUAUCACCGGCGAUGAGCCCGGCGAGCUGGGCGAAGUAGCUCCCAUCCGCGAGCGCAAGAAAGAGGAGCCCGUGGAUGAGAACCAAUGCCGUGUCUGCACCAGCAAGGAGGAGCUAGUCGACCUGUUCAAGAAGCAAAUCGAUGCCACGCCCGCGGACAUGCUGCUGGUCAUCUGUCCCAGUGUCUCGAUUCUGCCCAAGGACUUCAUGCCGCAGUUCAUAUGCACCAAGUGCAUGGGCAGCCUCACCAUUGCCAUACAGCUGAGGAAGCAGCUGGAGACCACCGACCAGGAGCUGCGCAAGCGCCUGUCCAGGAGCAAGAACAAGGUGCGCAGACCGCGCGGCUAUGUGGUCAUCGAUGCGCCCGUCACCGAUUCCAGCGAGGAUGAAGAUGAAAUGGACGAUGAGUUCAAGGUGUCCGAUGUGGGCGGCACCACGAGUGCAGACAGCGAUUCGGCCGACUCCGAUGUCAGUGAGAAGAAGAAGGAGAAAAAGAAACCCGGUCGUCCUGGACGUCCGCGGAAGAAGCCGUUGAAGAGGAAUCCCGAAAGCGAUGAAGAGCCAUCCAGCGCCCCGAAGAAGAAGUACCAGCCGUCGCCGGGUGCUGCCGUGGGUCCAUUCGAGUGCCCCAAAUGCGACUUGACCUUUUCGCGCAAACAGUCCUAUGUGCUGCACCGCAAGACGCACGAGAGGAUAGAGCAUGCCUGUCCCAUCUGCGGCAAGAAGUUCAAGGUGGAGUGGGCCUACAAGACACACAUGCAGCGGCACGAACAGGAGCGCGCCCACUUCCGCUGCGAGCUGUGCCCCAAGAUCUUCCGCCUGCGGGCCGAGUUGAAGUACCACAUGGCCCAGCGGCACGACGAGCAUGGAUUCAUUUACGAGUGUAAGCGCUGCCAGCGCACCUUCCUCACGCAACAGCGAUUGCAGCGCCAUCAGGCCGCCGGCUGUCAGCGCAACAAAGAGGAGUCGACAGUUCGCAUCAAGGAGGAGCAUGUGCGCAUCAAGCAGGAGCCGCGCAUCAAGGAGGAGCAGCGCAUCAGCCAUGUACACGUCCAAUCGCACUCGCAGGGCAACAACAGCGGCAGCAUGGGCAAACGUCGACCCGGCGAGGGCAGGGACCUUUUCAAGGCCGUGGCCCCACCCACCACCACCUACUGGAGCGAUAGCUUCUCGGACUAAGAUCAAGGUGCGGCGGCUCUGCGGGGACUUCUGUUAUAAUCAACGAUUUUAAGUUUACCCUAGCUGUAGAAAAAAGAAAUCAGUGCAAAUAAAUCACAUUUGUAAUAAAUACAAAAUAAAAUAAGUGCAAGUUGACGCUACUUGUAAACUUCUCCAACUGAAAUAAGUAAGCAAACAAUAAAAUAAAAGGUUCGAUUUAUGGCAAAUUGA